ACACAAGUUUUAUGAAUGAAAACGUUAGAUCAACAACACUUCUCAGAAACUGUCGCGCGCUUAUUCAGAGCGUUGAAAGGUCAAAGGAGUCCGUUCGUUUUAAACGCACUCCCUGCGACGCACCGGCCAGUCUUCGGCGAGACGUCGACGCGCGACGUGCACGCGGGUAAACCAAAAUUCAACAAAAUGUACAGUUUGUCGGCAAUUGGGGUGUUGUUGGCGAUAUGUGGGGGUGCCUUCAGCCACACGUACCAUCUCGGAGCCUGCCCGGUCGUCGAACCGAUGCCCGGCUUUGAAAUGAACAAGCUACUGGGCGUUUGGUACGUCAUACAGAAGACGUCGACUGCAUCACACUGCAUGACCUACAAUUUCACAAGAACCCAGGAGCCUGGGACAUAUGAACUGGAACAAGUCUCCCAGCAUUUUAUUUUGGGCCUUACCCCUCUGAAACAUGACUACAGGUAUACCGGAGUGUUAACCGUUCCUGACCCAGCUGUGCCCGCUCGAAUGAAAGUCAGAUUCCCUCUGAGCGUAGCUGGUUCAGCAAGCUACACAGUUUUGAUGACAGACUACACAUCACACGCCGUCAUCUUCACUUGCCAAAAGUUGGCUUUCGCGCACAGACGCUCUGCAACAAUUCUCUCAAGGACCAAGGAGCUUGACAAGAUGUACAUUGACAAGAUGCGCAACAAGCUGUCAUCAUUUGGCGUGGACCCGUACGACCUGUCUAUCAUCUCGCAGAGCCAGUGCCCCUCGCACACCCCGGACGAGGGCGUCAACAUCAACAUCGACCCUGAGACCUUCUCCUCACACAACAUCGGCCAGGCCGUCAGGAAAACCGGCACUGCUAUUGCCGAUGGAGUAGAAUACGUGGUGGAAGCCGGUAAGACUGUGUACAACAAGGUGGCCAGCAGUAAGGAGGACCUGACAGAAGCGCCGGCGGGUCGCGCCUACUCUGUGAAGGACGACGCCGAGUGGCUGCCGUGAGAGGUCGCUACUGACGACACAAGUACAACUAGAGAUAGCUCCGUCGACUGAACCUUAACUAAAUAUAAAUUAAUUAUGAAGAAUCGAGUGGAAAAUAGAUUUGAAAGACCUUCAAGUACCAUUAAGUAGAUAAACACUAUGAUUAAGACGGAUCUCACUGAAAAAGUGAGAUAUCUAUUCUGUAUUUUAUCAAUUAGAACUAUGACCAGUCUAAAUAGUCAAGAUGAAUGCAUUUAAUUUAAUCAGAAUGUCAAUUGUUAGGGGUGAAUACUCAUUACGACAAUCGGAGUAUCAAUUUU